AUGGCCCAAACAAACGAUACUAUCCCAAUCCUAAUCGUGGGCGGCGGCCCCUCAGGCCUAACCAUGGGAUACAUGUUAUCCCAAUUAGGAGUCCCAUCCCUAAUAAUCGAACGCUACGCAACCCGUCUCGAUGUUCCAAAGGCCCACGCCCUCUCCCCGCGCUCCCUAGAGCUCUGUCGCCAGUUCGGCCUGGAUGUGAACUACAUCCGGAAUUUGGGGACAAGUCGAGAGGAUGGGUAUUGGGUCAAUUUUAUCACGAAUUUGUCUGGGAAGUUGGUGGGUAGGUUGCCGUAUGAGAGGAUGGACAGGGGUGUUUUGGAUGCGACGCCUGCGAUGAUUCAUAAUGUCACGCAGCCGAUGUAUGAGGAUUAUGUUGCGGAGAGGGUUGGGGAGAGUGAUUUGGUUGAGACCAGGAAGAAUCAUUCUUUUGUGGGGUUGCAGGAUUAUGGUGACUAUGUUCUCACGACGGUUGAAGAUCGAGGCGCGCAGAAAAAAUAUACAAUAAAAUCAAACUAUGUGAUUGCAUGUGACGGUGCAAAGAGCCCGGUUCGACAAUUUCUGGGAAUAGAAAGUGAAGGAGAGGAUUCUUAUGAGUCCAUGAUGACCAUCCAUAUCAAUGCGGACCUACGACCAGUGGUCAAGGACAGGGUAGGGAUGUUGCAUUGGGUGAUGGACCCCGAGGUGUCCGGGUUUGUCAUUGGGUAUGAUUUAUCUGGGAAUCAAGUGCUGAUUUGCAACUUCGACGCCGAGAGACAUCCUGUUGAAUUAUGGAAGGAAGAUACCUGCAGGAGGAUCGUCAAUGCGGCCAUCGGCACAGAAAUCCCUUACGAUGUGAUCAGUUAUCGGCCAUGGCUUAUUAGCCGAAAAGUUGCUAAUCAGUAUCGCAAGGGCCGAGUGUUUCUGGCAGGCGAUGCAGCUCACUCCUUCCCUCCCACCGGAGGCCUAGGGCUAAACUCCGGCCUCGGCGACGUUCACAAUCUGGUGUACAAACUGGCUGCUGUAUACAGCGGAUUUGCAGCAGACAGUUUGUUGGACAGCUACGAGUAUGACCGGCGACAGGUCGCAGUGGUUAACUCUCAACAGAGCCUAAAGAACGGAAAGCAGAUAUUUGGCUUGCUAAAGGCACUGGGAACCACAGACCUUGAUGCAUCCAAGGCGCGUGAGAAUCUAUAUCGCAAUAUCGAAGAGCCUGAAACCAUGAAGAUUGACGAGGGUAUAGAGGGCCAAAGAGAGCACUUUGAUAAUCUCGGUCUUCACAUUGGGUAUAUAUAUAGAGACAGAGAGAUCCCAAAGAAUGCCUCGGUGUACGAACCCUCUUGUACACCCGGGGCUCGACUUCCCCAUGCCUGGAUCAAACCUCUGUCACCAGGAAUCAUCAAUCUACCGGCUAUCAACUCCUCAUACGUUGCAGAGUUAUCAUCAGAAGAAGUCCAGGCCAAGCAAUUCUCAACCCUGGACUUGUGUCCAUUCGACACGUUCACUCUAAUUGCUGAUGAAUCAUCGGCUCCACACUGGGAGAAACAUGUUCAGCACCUGCAACUUUCGAGACUGCUAUCGUCGUCUCUAAAAAUUCAAGUGGUCGUAGAAGGCCGAGACUUCGUUAUUCAGCCGGGUGUCAACGGUGAGAAAUGGAUUGAGCUGAUGGGAUUGAGAAAAGGCCAGGCGACGUUAAUUCGUCCAGACCAACACAUCAUGGCAUGCUUUGACCUUGAGGAGGGAGUUUCUCAUAUCUUCCAGGCGUUGAGUGAGUAUUUUGAUUGGGAUAGGCUGAAGCAAUAG